GCCGCGGGGGCCAUGGGGGCGCGGCGCGCGGGGCUGUGGGGCGUCGUGCUGCUCUGCGCGCUGGGCCUGGGCCGCCCCGGGGCUCCGAGCUGCGGCCCAGGCCGCCUCCUGCGCGGAGCAGGGACAGAUGCGCGCUGCUGUCGCCCGUGCGCCCCGGCUGAGAAGGUUUGUCCUGAGCUGGACUGCACAUGUGUCCAGCCAGGGUUCCACUGUGGAGACCCCCAGUGCAAGACCUGCAAGCACCACACUUGCCCCCCUGGCCAGGAGGUACGGCCUCAUGGGAAUUUCAAUUUUGGCUUUGAGUGUGUCGACUGUGCCGCAGGGACCUUCUCUGGAGGCCAAGAGGGUCGCUGUAAACCCUGGUCAGACUGCUCCCAGUUUGGGUAUCCUACCACGUUCCCUGGGAACAAGACACACAAUGCUGUCUGCAGCCCAGGGCUGCCGCCCACCGAGCCGCAUGAUCCACUGACCAUCGUGCUCCUCACCGUGGCCGCCUGCAUCCUGGUCCUGAGUGGGACCCAGCUUGUCCUGCACAUCUGGCAGCUGAGGGGGCAUCGUAGGUGGCCGCCAGAGACCCAGCUGCUCCUGGAGGCACGGCCGCCAGCAGAGGACACCUGCAGCUGCCAGUUCCCUGAGGAAGAGCGGGGGGAGCAGCUGUCGCCAGACAAAGGCCAGCUAAGGGACCUGUGGGUGUGAGGCCUGGCUGUCCUCUGCUGCUGCAGACUCGGAGCUGUGCCCACCCAGGAAGCACCCUGGGUGGACCCUUGGGAGCCAGGGCUCUGUACCCUGCCAUGGGGCCUCAGCUCUGGGCUUGGCCCUGCUCCCCUCGAUGGCGGAAGUGGGUGGGGGGUGGUGACCGUGACCCGUCCCUCAGACCGUGCAGAAGAGGCAGCAUCUGUGCCAGACCCCACAGGAGAUACAGACACAGCCAUGGCUGCCUCCCUCCCUUGCUGGCCCCCGGCUGUCUGGGGCCCCCGGCUCCCAGGACAGGAGGCUGUGCCCAGUGCUGGACCUGGCUGCCGGCAGCGCUCAAUAAACACUUGUGUAGCGA